GCAACACUGAGCAAUGACAAUUCAAUAUUCAUUUUGUGUUUUGUGUGCAGUUUUGGUUGUUUUCACGAAAUAAAUAGUUAAUUCAGUAAACCUUAACAUAUUUUAAUUUAAAAAAUCUAAAUGGCGACUACAUUAGAAGAUAAAUCAAUUUGGGAAGAUGGAGAGGAAGCGCUCAGCGAGGAAGUAUUACGAAUGCCAACAGAUGAAAUUAUCAGCCGGACUCGAUUGUUGGACAAUGAAAUCAAAAUCAUGAAGAGCGAAGUUAUGAGGAUUUCACAUGAACUCCAGGCACAAAAUGACAAAAUUAAAGAGAACACAGAGAAAAUUAAAGUCAAUAAGACCCUGCCAUACCUCGUAUCAAAUGUUAUAGAACUCUUGGACGUAGACCCACAGGAAGAAGAAGAAGAUGGUGCAGUAGUCGACCUAGACUCACAAAGGAAGGGCAAAUGCGCCGUAAUCAAGACUUCAACGCGGCAAACAUACUUUUUACCAGUGAUUGGGCUGGUUGAUGCUGAUAAAUUAAAGCCAGGAGAUUUGGUUGGUGUGAACAAAGAUUCGUACUUGAUUUUGGAGACCCUCCCAGCUGAAUAUGAUGCGAGAGUGAAGGCUAUGGAGGUGGAUGAGAGACCAACGGAACAAUAUUCAGAUAUUGGAGGGUUGGAUAAACAAAUUCAGGAACUGAUUGAAGCAGUGGUACUCCCAAUGACACACAAGGAGAAAUUUGUAAACCUCGGCAUCCAUCCACCCAAGGGUGUGCUGCUAUACGGGCCACCUGGUACUGGCAAGACCCUGCUAGCGAGGGCCUGCGCGGCGCAAACUAAAUCUACCUUCUUGAAACUGGCUGGUCCACAGCUGGUGCAGAUGUUUAUUGGUGAUGGUGCGAAACUUGUCCGCGAUGCCUUCGCCCUCGCCAAAGAGAAGGCUCCAGCUAUUAUCUUCAUUGACGAGUUAGACGCCAUUGGUACCAAGAGAUUCGACUCGGAGAAGGCUGGUGACCGUGAAGUGCAGAGAACCAUGUUGGAACUACUUAACCAACUUGAUGGAUUCAGUUCCACUGCUGAUAUUAAGGUGAUUGCUGCGACAAACAGAGUCGACAUUUUGGAUCCCGCACUGUUGCGAUCCGGUCGUCUGGACAGAAAGAUUGAGUUCCCACAUCCCAAUGAAGAGGCCAGAGCGAGAAUUAUGCAAAUUCACUCACGUAAAAUGAACGUGUCUCCCGACGUUAACUUUGAGGAGCUGUCUCGUUCCACUGAUGACUUCAAUGGAGCCCAGUGCAAGGCAGUGUGCGUGGAGGCCGGUAUGAUCGCAUUACGGCGUUCCGCUACUGCGGUCACUCAUGAGGACUUUAUGGACGCGAUUCUAGAAGUCCAGGCCAAGAAGAAAGCCAAUCUCAGCUACUAUGCUUAGGUUUUAUUUGUAAAACAUGUAAUGGUAAAAUAAAUAUUAAUUAAACUAC